AUGUCACCAGUUCUUUAUCUGAAGUGCCUCCUUACUGAUAUACUUAAAGAAAAACUGAAAAUCCCUUUAAUCAAUGAAGCUAGAGAAAAAGCACUGGCUAUUGCAGCACAGCAACAUAUGUCUACUCUGGAAUAUGAGCGAAGAAGAGCCACAGGAACACUUGAGAGCAGUAGUGUUCGAGUUGCAAUUGCAGCCUUGGGAUUGUCAAGAGUUGAGAAAGAUGCUCUGCACAACUAUCCUUUAUUCUCUGAAAAAUGUAUUGAAUAUAAUGUUGAAGUCAGCAUGCCUGAGUUUUUUGAAAUUCCUUCAAAAAUAUAUAUACCUGUGUUAGCCUCAUGCAGAGUUAAUUCCUCAAAGACUAGAAAACAAGACCAUUGUUUUGAUACAGCAGAAGAUGAUGCAAUUGAACUUCCUCUAACAUUUAAGCCCUGGCAUGUUGGCCGAUAUCCUUGCCAUAUCCUUCUCGAAUCUAAAUAUGACGUCCGCCUCUUUAAGAUAGAAUGUGUAGUGAACACUGAUACCUUUGAGGCUGAACUAGAAUUUGUAACUCCAGCAUAUCAAGCAGCAAUACAGGACAUCCCAAUAACUAAUUUGAGUCAACAAGAUUGGAAACUUAAAGCAGAUUUAAAUGGACACUGUUUUUAUGGUCCUCCUGUUAUAUAUGUAGCCCCUGGUGAAACAAGUAUGUAUCCUCUCAUGUUCAAGUCAACUGCUGAAUGUGUAACUAUGGGGCAGCUUACUUUACAAAAUGAAGCAGAUGGUACAGCUCAUAUCUUUCUCUUGAAAGGGAUUGCAACAAAGCCAUUGGCGCUGGAUCAUAUUAAGCUAGAUUGCCAAGUUAGACAAACUAUACAAAAGGUCAUAAUGGUGCCCAAUUUUACCAAGAAUGAAUUGAUAUAUAAGGUAUCUUCAGAUCUUCCCAUUGUGAGUGGUGAAAUGACUUUGAAGGUAGAACCUGGGGAUACAGCUGCCUAUACUCUGAAUAUAUCUCCAUGGAAACGAGGAAACUUUAAUGGUAUAAUUGUAUUUGUUGCUGAGGAUAAAAAACAGCAGCACUAUGAACAAGACUCUUUACUGGAGGAGCCAGAUGGUCAGUACUCUCAGAGAUCAUCAACAGAGAAGCUUGAAACACACAAUGAAUACAAGUCAUCAUGCUACAAAGUGUGGUUCUCUUUGGAAAUACAUAGUAUGCCAGCGCAGCCAGAAAAAACUCUGAAUGUGGAAUGUGCAGUUUUGAAUACUAUUGAAAUUGGAAUUCCAAUAACUAAUCCCACAGAUGAUGUUCUGGAAUUAGAUGUAGAAUUAAUAGAUGCUAUUAUACUUCAUGGUGAAAAUAAGCUUGUUCUUGAACCAAAAGAAACAUUAUGUUAUGAAGUAAAGUAUUCUCCAGCUACAACUGGCCAUAUGGACGGAAGUGUUAUAUUUACAUCAGAGAAAUUAGGAGAGUGUUGGUAUGCAUUGAAGCUGAAUGGACAGAUUCCUCAUCCAAUAAAAUUGCCUGAAGUAAAAUGUGAACUUGGAAAAUGGGUCAGCCAGCAUAUUCCUCUGGUUAAUUCUACAUAUGAAAUUCUGGAAUUGGAAUAUGUGAACAGCAAUCCGGACCAUUUUUCAAUGGAGAUUGACCCCAAAGCCCAAUUGACUGUUGCUCCUCAUUCCACUACUGAAGUAUCAGUUCUGUUUUGUCCAUCUGCACUAGGAAGAACAAAUCACACUGCAAGCAUAAUUUUUAAAUGCCCACAGCUUGAAGAAUGGGUGUUUUACUUGUCGGGAAUUGGUCUGAUACCUCAACCAAUGGAACCAGCUAGUGUCAGUUCUUGUCUGGGUCACCAUUCUUCUAUCAUUGUAAACUUCAAGAAUCCUACAUUUGAAGAAGUUGUGGUAGAUAUCAUUUUAACAG